AUGAAAAAACAUGACAUCAAAACAUCUGUCCAAUGCCUACUUGAGUUUAUCACUGCAGACGACACAGCUCUCUUGUUGUUCAAAGAUGCUACCAACGAUGGGGGCUGCUUGUCCUUCCUCACCUGCAUCUUGCUGGCCCUCAAAAACUCCUCUUCCUACUGUGAUGACAAGCUUGUAAAGCAGGACUGGCUGUGCAAGAUCACUAAUGCAUGUGCAGCCAAAAGGCAUACCAUUCCCCAAUGCCUUGUCAAAGCCAGCAAAAUUCAGCUGAAAAAGGCAAACAGUCACAAAUUGAUGAAGAGGCGAUUAGGCCAAAGCCUAGGUUUCACAGCUCAUGCUCACAAAACUAACACUGCAAGAUUUGCAAGUGCCACCAAGACCACUGUCAAAAUCUACAGUGAUGAAAAUGCUUAUCCACCUCCCAACCACUGGGUGUACGAAACUGAUGUGAUUCAAAAUCAAUGGGAGGAACAUCUCAUGUUGGGCGACUGA